AAGAAAAUAAUGGUAAAAUAAGAUUGCCGAUGGCCCCUUUGUACAUCCUCCCGGCUCCCACUAAGCCUUAUAAAUAAAUACGCUAGGGUUAGGGUUAGUCACCCACCCAUUUAAAGGUUUUUUUUUCUCUUUUUUCUAUAUAUAGCGCUUAGUUCUCACAAGCUUUGACUUUCCUUUCUGGGUUUUGAUGAAAAAACUGAUUUUGAAAAAUUCCUCCAUCCAUAAUCAAUUCAAGAAUUAAGGUAUCUCCAGAUUAUGAAGAAGCGUCAAGUGGUGGUUAAAAGAGAUGCAUCCGGGAGAAGUUCUAGUACUUCUUCUUCAGUUGUCAGAUGUGUCCGAUACGGCGAAUGCCAAAAGAAUCAUGCGGCAAAUAUCGGAGGAUACGCCGUGGAUGGCUGUAGAGAAUUCAUGGCGAGUGGGGAAGAAGGAACGAGUGCGCUCACAUGCGCCGCUUGCGGCUGCCACAGAAACUUCCACAGAAGAACAGUGGAAACUGAGGUAGUUUGUGAGUAUACUCCACCCAAUUCUAGUUAAAAAGAAAAAACAUAUAUAUAAUUAGAGAACAAGGUUUCUUAUAUAUGAAUUAACUGAUUGAUUGUUGUUAUUGAUCUAGAAGAUUGUUGUGUUCAUCUUGUAUUAAUAGUUAUUAUCAUCAACAGACUUGACUGUUAUUGUAAGAAAAAGGAGAGAGACAAAAUUAGAUUUCGAGCACACCGUGCAUGUUUCUGUGCUUAAAUUUGUGGUUAAGAUUGUUGUGUUCUUCAAAUAAUUAAAAAAAAAUGAUUGAUUCUUUUGCCUUUUCAAUUU